UGAGGAAUUGGAGGGAGAGGAUACCCAUCAUGUUAUUUGCAGCAUUGGAUUUACACACCGAUUAAAGAUCAUAAGCCAAUAUCCAAGGACGAAAUGACUGAUCGAUUGUUGCACAUCAGAUGUAGUUUGAUGCUGUGUUAAAAUAGAGAUUUAGGUGGACAAGCAGAAUGUUGACCAACACAGUGCCAGAAGCAUAGAGCGACAACGGUUGCCAGCCUAUGACCAAUCAAGAUUAGCUCAUUUCCAGCAAAACCGGGAGCAUGUGCAACUAUAAUCACAGCAACAUAACCAGUGACAGCAGUGACAAGUUUCACAUAUGUAAGGACAUCAGCAAUAGCCAAGGGACCACCUAAACGGGUACACAUCAGUGGCAUCUUGGGGUCAAAGGAAAGAUCAGUAAUUUUCCCAGUGGCUUUCAAGCCAAAGGUAUCCACUCCGUCAACGCGCUAUGCUACUCCCAUGCCCAGGAUGGGUUCAUACUCUAGCCCUACAGCAGCAUGUCGUACCCCCCCUGGAGAAUGACCACAGAUCAUUGAAUAACUCAGUGGACAGUUGCAUCAAGAUCUCAAAUCUGUUCCAAGGCCAGUUAACAAGCAGAGGUUCUAGCUUCCAACUGAACAACUUCACGCAGAUGCCAUCACCUAUGACAGCAGCAUUGCCAAGCUGGAGGCCAUGCUGAGGGAGGAUUUGGAAAUAUCUUACCUGUAAGAGACCCUGGAGCAGAACGGGCAGGUAAUAUUCAAAGUGUAUGAGAAGAAGAGGCAGAGUUGGCAGAGAAAACUAAAGAGACUCAAGGCACUAUAAGAGAACAAACUGAGAGCCUGCCAGCAGAGACUGUCCAAGGCCAAGCAGAUGAUUAGCAUUCAGAAUUAUCAGAUUCAGCAAGAGAAGAGGAAACUUCAAGUGGAGCUGGAUGAAAGCAAGAAGGAAAAAGAGGCAUCAGGGAAACAGAUAGAAAGACUACAACAGGAACUGGUCAUGAUCAAGGCACAGUUGGAGAACACAGAAUGGUCUCUGUGUCAAAAAACAGAUGAAGUGUCAUUGCUGAAGUCACAACUAAAAGAUUCUCAGAAUGACCAGACAUCUCACAUAACAGAAAUGUUGAUACUGAAAUUUCAGCUGAGGGAGACAAAACAGCUACUGGAAGAGGAGGAGGAGAAGAGGGAGGCAGAACUGAAAGAGAGAUUCUGCCAGGCCCUGCAGAACUUUCAGCUGCAGAGUCACGAGAACUCUCUGUUCAACAAUUCAGUUGAACAGAGAGGAGAGAUGCAGCGCCGUGGGCCAGACGAAACAAGAGGUGGACAGGUUGGGAAACAAAUUGGCCACUGUCAGCAAAAAAUACAAUCUGGCACAGAACAUCAAAAUGGAAAGGAUUCAGUGGAUAAAGGAGAAAGUCAUUUGCUACCAGAAACUACUCCAGCUUAAUUACAUUCAGAUGUACAAAAGGAACAAGACUCUGGAGUGCAAAGUGGAACUCAGUCUAAACUAAAAGUGAGAGCAGGGACAC